UAACUCGACGCGGUGACUCUCGGCAGACACAAGCGAGGCACCGGGGCAGUGCGGUAGGCUCCCGGGGAGAGAGGCGACGAGCGCAGCGGGGACCGGAGAAGCCUCUCGCGGCGGCGAACAGGAGUCUCACCUCCCGCCGCCUGUGGUCAGCCGGAGCUCCGGGUCGGUCCGGCGGCUCCGCUCGCACAAAGACGGAGUUUGUGUUUCUCUUUUUCUUUUCUCGUUUUAGUCUGGGGGGGUCACUGUUCACUUCUCACUUCACGUUCACGGGAGUGACAGAGUCGCUCCGGAGCCCCCCCCCCCCCCCCCCCCCCCCCCCCGUUGGCACCGAGGCUACACCGGGGAGAAGCAGCGCGCGCCAGCGGACCGGUACCCGGAGGAGACGACGGAGCUGCGCACGUGCGUGGACUGAGGUUGAUUAGGCGCGCGUCGACCUGCUCUGCAGCAUCAGUCACACCUCCACCUCCUCCAUCACCUCCUUCACCUCCACCUCCUCCAUCACCUCCAUCACCUCCACCUCCUCCGCCAUGCAGUGAGAGCAGCCCCUUCCCCCGAUGCUUCCCCCCAGCAGACGGUGAGAGAAAGGGGGGUCGGAGGAGGAGGAGGAGGAGGAGGAAUCUUCCUCCUCUCAUUCGCCCACAGUCGUUGCAAACUUGCGUCCGGGAUGGGGAAGGAGCAGGAGCUGCUGGAAGCCGCCCGGACCGGCAAUGUCGCCCUGGUGGAGAAGCUGUUGAGUGGCAAGAAGGGGAUCCUGGGGUCAGGCUCCGGCUCCAUCCCCCUGCCCAACCUCCUGAGCAUGUGGAAGGGCCUGAAUGUCAACUGCACAGACAGCUCAGGCUACACACCUUUACAUCACGCUUCACUCAAUGGACACAGGAAUGUGGUGCUGAAGCUGCUUCAGUUUGAGGCGUCCACAAAUGUGUCGGACAGCAAAGGCUGUUUCCCGCUGCACUUGGCUGCCUGGAGGGGAGACGUGGACAUCGUCCAGAUCCUCAUCCACCACGGACCCUCGCACUGCCGGGUCAACCAGCAGAACCAUGAGAGGGAAACGGCGCUUCACUGUGCAGCCCAGUACGGACACUCCGAUGUGGUGUCAGUGCUGCUGCAGGAGCUGACCGACCCCACAAUGAGGAACAGCCAGCAGGAGUCACCUCUGGACCUGGCAGCGCUGUAUGGACGACUGCAGGUGGUGCGCAUGCUGGUGAGUGCUCACCCCAACCUCAUGACCAGCCACACUCGCAGACACACUCCGCUUCACCUGGCCGCGCGUAACGGACACCACAGCACCGUCCAGACGCUCCUCGAUGCCGGCAUGGACGUCAACUGUGUGACGGAGAAUGGCAGUGCCCUCCACGAGGCAGCUCUCUUUGGGAAGAUGGAUGUAGUUCGCCUUCUGCUCGACUCAGGUAUCGAUACUAAUCUGACAGAUUGUCAUGGGAGAACUUCUCUGGAGAUCCUGAGGGAACAUCCUGCAACACAAUCCCAGCAGAUCACUGCUCUUAUCCAAGAGUAUAUGAUGGAUGAGAUGGAAAGGAGGAGUCUCAUGGAAGAGCCUGUUCGCAAGUGUCCCAUCCCAGCACCUCGAACCUCUGUCCCCUCGCCCUGUGCCUCCCCCUCCCUCAGACACAAGAAUGAUGCAGUGACAAGUGAGCUGUCCAAACUGCUCCACGAGAUCAAAAAGUGCCGGGACAGGGACUACUCCUUCGAGGAGCUCUGCCACACCAUCUCCUCCCACUCCAUGGACAGCUUUGGGAGCGGGCGUCUCUCCGAUGAGGACCGCCCAGAUCGACCCAAUGGCACACUGACGCGAGUCGCCAAGCGGCCGACCCCCCCUCUUGCUCCAGCCCUGGAGGAAGAUGAGGCAGACAGGAGUUGCGGCCCCACUGGAUUCUGGGAGGCUCUGACACCCUGUAACGGCUGCCGCAACCUGGGCUUCUCCAGCCCCUCACAGGACUCAAAGCAUUCAGGAGAGAUUGUCAAAUCGCCGUCCCUGGAUGUUUUCCUCCCAGAGGACGAGGACAACCCGUACGAGUCGGUGACGACCGCCGUUACACGCAAACCCUGCUCACUUGAUAUCAGCCACCGGCUCAACAGCGGCCCCCGCAAUGGUCACCUGUCCCAUGUACCGGUGAGCGAGGGGGAGCACAGUAACCAUGGCAACUGCUCAACAGGCCCCACUCCAGACUGCUCACCCCCCUCCCCCGACACGGCCCUGAAGAACAUCGAGAGAGUCAUCCGCCCACAGCCCAAGCAGCGCACGUCUCUGUCCUCAUCCCUGGACGUCCAAAGGCCGGUCAACCACAGCUGUGAGCCCAGCGAGGUGAGCUCGUCCCUGGGCUACGCCAGCUUCAGCACCAGCCCGCCAGCCAGCCCUCCCCUCAGCCCUAACCAGGAAGACUCCGCAGGCUCCAACGACGACUGUCAGCUCACAGACGACGGGCCGUACCAGAGAGACCCUCCUCCUCCUCCUCUCUGCUCUUCCUCCACAUCAAACACUCUACUGGAGGAGCGGAGGAAGAGCCACAUCCCAGAGGAGUUUGCAGGCCUCCUUCAUGGAUCUUCCCCAGCCUGCGAGACCCCUGAUACGCCUUACCACCUCUACAGCCCCAAACCUCGCAAAUAUGCCUCUACAGACGUCCAGAGCAGUUUGCUGCAAACCCCGGAGUUUAGCAUCGUGAUCGGAGGAGGGCCCACACAGGUCUUCUCCAGGACAGGGAGCGAGUCAUUGCCUCAGAGGACCGCCAACGACCCCCAAAAGCCUCAGGUGGUGUACCGGACUAUCUUCCACACCAGGGUCAACCAGGAUCAGGCUCGAUCCAAGAACUGCGCGCAGGUGGAUCCUCCUCGUGGCUGGUCUACAUUAGACCGCCCACCCUCCUACUCCUCUGGUCAAAACAGGGAAGUUCCAGAGUUAGGAGGGGUCCAGACACUAGGGGAAUCCAAGGACGGUUCAUCUGGGCCUGGCUUCGAAGAGAGGGCUUGCACCCUGGGGAGGAUGAGGUCGAUGCCCCGGAGUGUGUUGGACUUGCAGUCGUCCAAGUCUAUUUCCAAGUCUGAUUCCAACCUGGUAGCUGUGUCUCCCAUACAGGAGGAGCACAGUUGGGGGUCUGGAGCUCGCGGUCAGGGGCCUGGAAGUCCAAACCCAGGGGAGGUUGCCAGCCCCGGGGGAAGACUGGAGAGAACUCCUUCCUUCACCGCUGAGUGGGAAGAGAUCGACAAGAUUAUGAGCUCUAUUGGGGCAGGAAUAGGGAGUGGAUUGGACAUCAAGGAGGACGCCUCAGGUCCCCGCUGCCCGAUGCAGUCUGUCGGCCAGUGGCUCGACUCCAUCGGCCUGGUCCAGUACGAGAACCACCUGCUGGCCAAUGGAUUUGACAACGUCCAGUUCAUGGGCAGCAACGUGGUGGAGGACCAGGACCUGCUGGAGAUCGGGAUCCUCAACUCGGCCCACAGACAACGUCUCCUGCAGGCCAUACGGCUGCUGCCCAGGGUGCGGCCCAUCGGUUACGACGGCAACAACCCCACGUCAGUGGCCGAGUGGCUGGAGUCGCUGGAGCUUGGCGACUACACCAAGUCUUUCCUCAUCAACGGUUACACGUCCAUGGAGCUGGUCAAGAAGAUCUGGGAGAUCGAGCUCAUCAAUGUUUUGAAGAUCAGUCUUAUUGGACACAGAAAACGGAUCUUGGCCUCGUUGGGGGACCGUCUACACGAAGACACCCCACAAAAACCUCCGCGGGCCAUCUCCCUCAGGGAGCCCGGCGGGAACCACACUCCUCCCCAGCUCAGCCCGUCGGUGGGCCAGGCAGCGUACACGGCAGGGGUCCCGGGCGGAUCUCUAGACGUGCAGCACCUCAUCAUGCAGGCAGAUGCCCGGCGCAGACAGCGCAGCAAUGAUAACUACUUCGAGGACGUGCCGCGAUCCAAGCUGGAGCGACAGAUGGCCCAAGUCAGCAUGGCCGGCGAGUGGUGCGAGCCAAUCACGUUGCGUCCGCCGAAUGAGGCCACCUCAUCCACUCCGGUGCAGUACUGGCAGCAUCAUCCCGAGAAGCUCAUCUUUCAGUCCUGUGACUACGAAGCCUACUACCUGGGUUCCAUGCUGGUGAAGGAGCUGAGAGGGACGGAGUCCACACAAGAUGCUUGUGCCAAAAUGAGGAAGUCGACAGAACAGAUGAAGAAAGUGCCGACCAUCGUGCUCUCCGUGUCCUACAAAGGAGUGAAGUUCAUCGACGCCACAAAUAAGAAUAUCAUAGCAGAGCAUGAGAUUCGAAACAUCUCAUGUGCGGCUCAAGAUCCAGAGGAUCUGUCGACAUUUGCCUACAUCACCAAAGACCUCAAGUCCAGUCACCACUACUGCCACGUCUUCACUGCCUUUGAUGUGAACCUGGCGUAUGAGAUCAUCCUCACACUGGGCCAGGCCUUCGAGGUGGCCUACCAGCUGGCUCUGCAGGCCAGAAAGAGCGGCCACGGGUCGUCUACACUUCCCGAGAGCUUCGACAGCAAGCCCAGCAAACCGGUUCCCAAACCCCGCGUCAACAUCCGCAAAUCUAUGGAGCAGCCGUCCAUGGACCAGAAGGGCCACGCCAACGUGCCGUGGAUUGUGGAGCCGGGUCAGGAGGCCAAGAGAGGAGUCAACACCAAGUACGAGACCACUAUUUUCUAACAUACACCCGCCUUGUCCACUCCUGUGUGUGUGUGCCUUUCAGAGGUUGCCCUGUACCGGGGCCCCGCCCCGGAGUUGGGCUCAAGCGACGCACGCUGCCGUGUCACCUCGCCGGCUGAAACAUAAAAAACGAAACAUCCUGCCACGCCCCCAUUAGCCGAGCCUGUCCACUGCAUGAUGACGUUUGGCGCUGCACUGUCUCUUCUUUCUCCUGUCUCUGCUCUCCCCCUCUCUGGCCCGCGCCCUAUCUUCUUGCCUGCAGGGCUGGCGCAUGACCUUUGAAUCCAGGGGUGUGGUGCACUUCUGUCUCCACCUGUAGGGGGAAUGGUCAGCUCCGUUUUUCCACUUCCUGUUUGUCGGUCAGUCAGCCAGUUGGUUGGUCUGCUUUUUGUUUUUGCUUCCUGUUGACGGGUGAAACCCUCUCGAGUCGUCUCUCUCCUCCUGCCUCCAUCCCUUGCUUUUAUCUACAUUUCAGCCCCGACAACUUGAAAGAUUUGAAACCAGAAUACUGCUAAGAGCCGUAACAGUGUUUUAGCUGUAUGUUGAGCCGAGUGUGGGAGCUGACAAUGUGGAGGGAUGUUGUCUUACAUGACAACUGGAGGAAAGCUCAGACUUUUUUUAAUCAAAGAGGAGGUGAUGUAGCACAGUCUAACUCUGACUGGUUCAUCCAGCAGGCUACCAGAAUGUAUUUCAACUUUUUUAUUCUUUAUCUUUAUUAUUCUUUAUCUUUAUUUUUUUUGAAUACUAACAAACUAUGACAACUAAUUUCUUUGAUAAACAGCUUUAAACUUUGACAGGAAGAUGUUGGUGAUUUUGGGCUUUUAUUGUACGUAUGUUCAGAAUUAUUUUAACCACAUUUUUUUCACCCCCUGGUCAUAAACAUAAUUUUAUUUUGGGGGAAAAAAUCUUGUAUGUUAAAGGUUUUAGCAUGUGGCUUGUGAGACGCAUGGUGGCCAUUUUGGUUUUCCUAAGCAGGUGGGCCGGUGGAGAGGCAGGGUGUGAGGGCUCUCUCGAUAAGUGAUGUCAUCUCAUUUGCAGGGCAAUGCCGGACGCUCAUGUCUAUUACUGUGGAAUACAAAGAAUGUAGCCAGCCCUAAACAAGGACCUUGUCACACAUACAAUGCAAAAAGGACUACAACGGACUACAAACAUGGACGCUCCAGUGUUUAAGGUUGACUACAAACAAAAUUUACAUCCAUCAUUCACAUGAUGCUCGACACAGUAAACGUUGGACCAAUAGACACACACUCACAGGACUGCCUGCUCUGAAUGUACACUUAUCUGAAGCAGCCUCAACUUUCUGCAACUACAGCAGCAUCUGUUUUAUGCAGCCAGCUGGGAGGCAUGACCAUUGAACUUUUGGAGAGGUUAGAGGGCAUCGGUUGGUAAUAUACAAUGGGCUCUUUAAGGGCACCACUGGGCAUGUCAAUAUUGGAAUGGGAAUGUGUUGGAGGAUGUCUGGCUGGCUCUUUUUGUUUUCUUUACAGUCAGAAAAUAAGAGAUAUAUGCACAAGCGUGUAAAUGUGAUUGGACUAGCUGCAACACGCUUCAACCGCAACAGGUGCGUCGUCGUAACUGACGAUGAACCUAUGUGAACAAAACUGCAUCUGUUUAAAAAAAGUAUUCUAUUCGUAUUGCCCGACAUUUUAAUGUUUAAUAUGAGAGUAUUAUCUGAUGAUUAUGUUUAUUCUUGUGCAAUUCUUGUCUACUGUUGUCUUAAUGUUACAUUAUUUUUCUAUGAUAUGCUGAGAUGAAAACUGUUGAGCUUGAGAAUGAUGGCCAUCCUUUAAAAAAAAUAAUAAUCUCAAAGUAGAUGAUAGUCCUUGAGUGAAUGUUACAGGUGGCUCGCUAACUCGUCAGGUCAACCCUCCGUCAUUUCUCAUGGGGCUCUACUCUUAUCUAACAGAUCUACUAUUUUAAACGCAGUAUUACUGUAUCAUUUGGAUGACAUGUCAUCCAGUUAUAAAAUGUACAUAGAUAUUUUGCCAACUCAUUGUUCAUAUGUGUAAUGUAAAAGAAUAAAGGAUUUGCAGUACAUGGCACUGGAAACAAGGUACCAAAAUAAAGGUUGAAGAUAAAAAACAAAAGAGAAGUGUUAGAUUGUAUUUUGAGUGAAAACUGAAAUGGGUUACAUGGUGACAUCACUGCUGACCAACUAAUGUACAUAGGCUUGGGCUUCCAGCACACUGAUUUUUGUAAUUUUGGCCAUUAUUUAUAUCCUUGUAAAGCACAUGAAAUAAAAUACAACUUGUACAACCAUUA